GUCAACUGUUUAAUAAAUCACAUAUCAGUAUCAAAAUUACAAAUAAACUUUCAAAUUUGUAUUAUUCUUAGAUCGUAUUUUUCUUAUUUAUUUGUAAUUUAAAACUCAUGCACCUUGUGAAGAGAAGAAAUGAACUGUGAUAUCGUUGAUUUGUCCCAAGAAUCGCCUGAUGAUGAUUGUGAGAUUCUGGUGGAUAAUAACUGUAGUCUUGCAUUUUUAAAUAUUAAUUUAGAAUCAGAAGAUAUUGUACCUGAAAUAGCAGAUAUAAUAAAACAAUGUCUAAAAAUAGAAAAUACUACGGGGAUGGUGAGAGUAAUCAAGAGAUCUCUGAUGAGAGUAUAUUAUGAAGCAUGCCCAAAUUAUAUAAAAUCAAUACAAUUUAAAAAUGUAGUCAAAAAUACCUCAUGUUUAAUAGAACAAGAACCACAUAUGAAAUUUUUUCAUAUAAAGUGUUUGUGUGAGACAUUGAAAUUAAAUAAAAAAAAGAAAAGAGUUAACUUGAUACCUUUAGGACCCUGUACUAAGAGAAAAUCACAAUCUGUGAAUAAUAAUGUUAAAAAGAAAAAAAUUGAAAUUAUUGAUUUAGAUGAUAUUGAAGAUGAAGAGAUACCAAAGGAAAAGGAAGUUACGCUUACUGAAGAAAAAGAAACUGAAUGCUUAGAUAAUAAAAUAGAAAUAGAAAUUUUUAUACCUCCCAAUGAAGGAAUGCAUGUAUCGUGGAUGGAUCAACAAAGAGUACCAGAAUAUCAAAAUAAUCACUUCUUUGAGGUGCCUAUUGAAAAUGAUGAUGAAAAUAUUAGAAAUGAAGAUCCAAAAUUGCUUGUAGUUCAAAGGACUGAACAAGUUGACCCUGAACAAGUAAAACAAUCAAAAAUUAAGAUGCUUGAAUCUGAAAUAGCGGAAUUGAAAGGUCUGAUUGAUCAACUGGAUGAAGAAGUGGUUGAUAAUAAUUCAAUCUUUUCACCGUAUGUGCAAAGUGAAGCGUAUAAAAAGCGAGUAGUGAAGUUGUACCAAGAGUUAUGUGAACUCACAGACUCGCAACCUGUCAAGAGACAUGAGAUUCACAUAACAGUUUCCAAGGGUUUUUCUGAGGGACCGGCGAGAAUCCUUGAAAAUUUGCUAAAUAAUAAUCUGAAAAGUAAUGGAUACCCCCCGUUUCCCACUUUUAUGGAAGUAAGGAAAUGUGUGGAAAUCGCCAAUAACAAAUAUAAUCUUGGUUGGAAACCAGUUAAAAAAUUUCAGGAAGCUUCAGCACUAUUCGCGCAAUGCGGUCGCGCGCUACAAAAGUUGCGGCAACAGCGAGAGUGGGGCCACUUGUUGUCGCGGGUCAAACGGGAGAAUUGCGAAGAUCCCGCUGAUACGGAUGAAGCGCUACGGGCGAGGCUGGAUGCUAAUAAGGAAAUUGCGAAACGGAGGGAAAAUGAGAUUUUUGAUAGAUACGCUUCACUCGAGAACGAAUUAGCCGCAGGCAAUAUUACCACGCAAAGUGUUCAAAAUGUAAACGGUACAUCACAAAAUAGCUCAGUGGCGAUGGAGCCUAGUGAUGAAAGUGAUAGUGAUAGUGACAUAGUGUGGGAUGAUGAUAUUGAUGGUGAAAUGUUCCAACCUAUUCCUAUUAAAAAAGAAAUUAUCGACAAUAAACAAGAUAGUGCUAUAGUGAAAGAGGAAAGUAAAGUAAAUAAUGAAGACAUCACUAAUUUGUUGCAUGAACUUGGUGAUGAUUUUACAACUAAAAUAAUAGAUAUCGAAGAUCCGUUUCUUGUUGUUGAGAUUUCUGAUAGUUCAGAUGAUGAAGUUUUAUAGCAUUAUGUGAAAAUAUAUUAUUUCUGUUUUA